GCUGAAAAAGUUAAAAUACAACUACAAGCAGUUACAGUUGUUUAUUUUUUAGAAUUGAUAGUUACAGAAGAUUAGAUAUUGUGUUGUGUUUCUUCGUUUUUUCUGGGCUGAGGAUAUGAGACAAUCAAGCUACAACAUUGAGUCUGCCAGUGUUACUGGAUUAGAUGAACCUGAAGACUCUAAAAAGCCAGACAAUACAGCAUUUAAGCAGCAACGUCUUCCUGCUUGGCAGCCAAUCUUAACACCAAAAUCGGUUCUGCCGACAUUCUUUAUUAUCUCUUUUAUCUUCAUUCCAAUAGGUGCGGUUCUUUUUACAACAUCAGAUGGUGUUCGAGAGGACUUUGUUGAUUACACCCAUUGCACUAAUUCUCUUGUGCCGAAUGAAACUUGUGCUUCUCUACGAGAAAAUCGCACAAGAAUGAAUGAACCGUGUACUUGUGUUGUCAACAUAACUUUGAAUACUCCGAUGACUGGAAAUAUUUACAUGUACUACGGUUUAAACAACUUUUUCCAGAAUCACCGAAGGUAUGUCAAAUCUCGCGACGACAACCAACUUGUUGGAACGCAUGUCACCAACACUUCAAUCAGUAAAGAUUGCACCCCAUACCGUACAGAUACUGUCAAUGGAUAUCAGGCUCCAAUUGCCCCUUGUGGUGCGAUAGCUAACAGCUUCUUUAAUGAUAGCUUUACUCUCCAGCAAGAAGAUGGAAACACUGUUAACUAUUUGACAACCGGCAUCUCUUGGUAUACAGACCACACAGUAAAGUUCAACAACCCUUUCCCUUCAAACAACUUAACAGCUGCAUUCAGUACUUACACAAAACCAAAAUUCUGGAAUAGAUACGUACAGGACUUGGACACCAGCAACAUCAAUAACAAUGGCUACAAAAACGAAGCUCUUGAAGUAUGGAUGCGAACAGCGGCUUUUCCGAAGUUCCGGAAACUCUAUGGGCGUCUUGUGAACACCAACUUACCAAGUGGAACCUACAGUCUGAAAAUUAAUUACAACUAUCCAGUUACUGCUUUUGGUGGAAGGAAACGCUUCAUUAUUUCAACAACUAGUUGGAUGGGAGGAAAAAACAACUUUCUUGGAAUUGCUUACAUUGUUGUUGGUUGUUGUAGUUUUGUUGUGGGAGUUGCUUUGUGUAUAAUUCACUUUAUUACCCGGCAUAAGAAUGUGGAAUAGAUUGUUUAAAUGAUUUCAAACAAAUGAUAAAAAGUCAUAUCGGUUGUAAUUGUAUCCAAUUAUUGUUAAAAAUGUUUGUGUAAAUACUUAGAUAUUUAUGAUGUUGUCUAGCUUUACUUUUCCAAGAAAUGAGCAUCUUAUAAAUGUUGUUGCAGUCAAUUCAUAACAUACACUAAUGAGAGGUUGUCUUUCGAACAGAUAUGGGUACCAUAUAACUACGGUCUUAAUGUGAAUGAAGUUUUUAUAAUAUUAAUGUAGCUAUGAGCAAAUGCUGUUUAAUUAACUAUUCUUGUAUAUUUAGUCUUAAUUAUACAAGUGUUUGUAACACUGAUCCUGUGUGUUGCAUAGCCUAUUGGCAUUUAUAGAUUUAAUUGAGUAAUUGCUGUCAGAGCCAGUCAUACUGUCAAUUACUUGUAUAUUUACUGCUAUUUCAGUUGGAUAUUGCCAUAUUUAAUAUUGUAGGUUGUGUAAUCAUGCUGUUUUAAUGUUAUACCACCUGGUUUGUAAUCCCAUAGUCCAGGUGCACAAUAUGAAUUGAUUUUAACUAAUACAAUAUGUGCACCUGUCUAUUCAUGUUUGCAUGGAUUUUAUGUAAAAAUGAAUGCAUUGUUUAAUGUUUAUAUUCCAGUUAGUGCGUAACUGCUUAUUAGAAUUCUUUGCUUUUUAUAUAAAUACUCUUAAACGCAAUAACUCUUUUUAAUUUUAAAAGAUAGUCCCUUUAUUUUGAAACAUAACUUCUUUUAGUUAUUUUUUAAGUAUAGGCCUAUAAUAUAUAUAGGUUAUUGUUUUUAUCUCCUGCUUUAUAUUGUUGGUAAAGUCUGCCACAAAUUUGUGUUAUUUGGUAUGAGGUGCAUUCCAUACAUUAUAAUUAUCACUGAAAUUUGAGUAGUUGAAAAUUAUAAUUUUUGGCAAUAUAUUGAAUAAUUCAUUAGCUACAAUAUCCUUAUAUCUGCUUUAACUUUUGCGUCUUACUUCAACAUACUCGAAAGUAAUAUCACAUGUAAAUUGUUUCAAUUGAUCUUUAACAACCAUCAAAGUUAUAAAGUUAAUUUAAUAACUUUCCAUAUCCACUCAAAUGUGCAGCUGAAUUAACAUAGCUUAUUCAAGUAUGUUUCUAUUAAAUGUUAGGAACUUAUCUUUUUUUUCCAUGCCACUAUUUACGUUUUUCACUUAAUUUCUAUUAUCCACUUUAG